AUGCCGCUGGACGACCUUGAACAUAUUUCCGACUCGUCUUUUGGUCAAAAUAUUCAGGCCGUCGUCGACGCAGUCAACAAUGUCAGAACAAACCAACCCUUCCCCGCUCCCACCGAGCAGCCCCAGCAACCAGACGCACUCCUCGUUCUGUUACCUCUCCUCAUCGUGUUGUCUACAUUCCUCUUCCUCCUUCUGACAUUCUUGAUAUGUGUUCUCCUUGUCAGACGUCGAAGGGGGAUCAUGUUGCGCGACAACGACGGCCCUGUCGACAUGAGCCGUGAGGAACUCAUUGAAGGCGAGGGCGGUUUCGAAGGAGUCGAGUCCAGGUGGCUUGAGGGCGUUUCGGAGAACGUUGCCAGAGAAUACCUGCGCGCGCGAGACUAUCAACUGCAAUACCCACCCAACUCGCUGCCGACCGAUAUCACGCUGUCCCAGUUCCUCUCGAUACAGGAGAAAGGCGUCUCGGCCUGGUCGUUCGAGCCGGAUUACGAGACUGUCAACUCGCUUCUCGUCCAUGCCCGGACUGAGAUCACAUUCUUGCCCGACCCUGCCAGUGCCUCAUGUGUCCAAUCCAACCUUCCCCUUCCCAAACUCAACGAAGUCUACUAUUGGGAAGUCAAGAUGUUCGACUUGCCAGAAACAACUACUGUGUCCGUGGGUCUUGCCACAAAGCCAUAUCCACCCUUCCGCCUUCCUGGACAAAGUCGCUAUUCCGUUGGGUACCACUCUAACGGCGAUAAAUCUCACAAUUAUCCUUUCACUGCCACGCCCUUUGGUCCAGUGCUCAAAGAAGGCGAUGUCCUAGGUGUCGGCUACCGUCCUCGCACAGGAACAGUUUUCUUCACUCGCAACGGCAGGAAGAUGGAAGAUGCUUUCAUUGGCCUUAGUCGGUGGAACCUUUUCCCCACCAUUGGCGCUGAUGGCCCAUGCAGCGUGCACGUCAACCUCGGGCAGGCUGGAUUUGUCUUCAUUGAAGCCAACGUCAAGAAGUGGGGCUUGGCGCCCAGUGUCGGCACGCUCGCUCCACCACCCGCAUAUGGCAGUGAGCGGGGUAGCAUUCUUCUCGACGUAGGAGGCCGCGUACGCUCUUCAGAUGACCCGUCCGCAUCACCAUCUUCUGCACGCCGUUCGCGCCGCCGACCCUCCGGGAACCCUUCAUCACCCCUUCGUGUAUCAUCGUUGGUCCCGCCUACACCUCUCACACCACCGCCUCCAAUCACUCCUAUUGAUGAACUUCCGGAGCACGAAUAUGAGGUAGAUCAAGGCUCAGAAAGCCCGUCUCAACCGUUAUUAUCACGUACAUCGGAAGGUCGUUACUCCUCCCCUCCAUCUCCUACCGCAUCUACAAGAUCGGUAUCCCCCGACGCAGGUGCGCGCAACCCCUUUACCAACACUCGCAUACAACGUAAUUCUUUAAACCAUUUCGCCUCGUCGUUUUCGGGGCCGAGAUCAGAGUUGACCGUGCAUCUGCACCCACCUCCUGAAUCACCCUUGAGUCCAAAUGCCAAUCCCCCCACCCCCCACGAACGAGACAUUCACUUACAGGCUUUGCCAGGCCAUAGACGAACAGGUAGCAGCGGAAGCAGUCGGACAAUUACUGCGGACGAUAGAUUUGCUUCUUCUCCCUUGUCAAGACGUGAUCCUCCAGCCUAUUCGCCUCUCGAUGCCUACACCUACGCAGACGGUGUGCAUGUGGACCUUCCUGCAGAGGUUAUCGCAGCCGCCAUCGAGGGAAACAACUUUGACCCGAGCAAUGUCCAGCAGCAAGCUGACUCGUCACAGCAAACGAGACGCCGUUGA